AUGUCUUUAAGUAAUAGUGAUACACGCAGCCAGAGUAAACAAAUUGUUUAUAAUGUUUAUAAAUAUUUAAAAGAACUGUCAUCAAAACCGGAUUUAACUGCCGAUUUCUUUAAACAAGCUCAAAUACGUACCGGCGAAGCUUGUGGAUUGUCAGAGCGCACUGUCAGACGUAUUUGUUCUGAAGCAAAACAUGCAGAAGAUAAACCCGAUAAAUCAAAGUCAGUUGUAUCAUUCAAAUCUCCACGCAAAGGCUACAAACGUGCGAAAAUUGUAUCAGAGCUCGACGAUUUUGAUUCAGAUGUCGUUAGAAGAACGGUACAUGAGUUCUACGAUCGAGGUGAGUACCCAACUGCGAAUUUAAUAUUGAACGCUUUAAGACAGAAAAUCAAUUAUACUGGGUGCUUACGUUCGGUGCGAAAUCUAUUGAAGAAUUUGAAAUUUUCUUAUAAAAAGUGUAAUGAUGGUCGAAAAAUUUUAAUGGAGAGAAAUGACAUUGUUGCACUUCGAUGUAAAUUUCUUCGAGAAAUUUGUACGCUGCGCAAGGCAAAAGAUGAUCGCCCUAUCGUGUAUAUUGACGAAACAUGGGUCAACCAAAACCAUUCGAGGUCAAUGAUAUGGCAAAAUGAAUGUAGCACUGAAGGUUUGAAAGUUCCUACAGGAAAAGGAGGUCGGCUUAUCGUGUGUCACGCUGGAUGUUCUCGUUACGGGUUUAUUCAAGGGUCCAAGCUAGUAUUCCGUAGUAAUACAGGCAAUACCGCCGACUAUCAUAGUCAGAUGAAUGCUGAAGUAUUUCAAAAAUGGUUUAUUGAACUAUUAAAUAAUCUUGAAGAACCGUCUGUCAUAGUUAUGGACAAUGCGUCAUAUCAUUCCACGUUGGCAGAAAAUUAUCCAAAAAGCAAUUGGAGAAAAGCUGACGUACAAAAAUGGUUAACUGAAAAAAAUAUUGAAUUUAGCCCGCUUGAAACGUUACCAGAACUUCACCAAAAAAUUAAAGCCUUAAUUCCACGCGAAAAGCAAUAUUUGCUUGACCAAAUUGCUUUAGAAAAUGGACAAGAAGUAAUACGGUUACCUCCUUACCAUUGCCAAUACAACCCAAUCGAACUUAUUUGGGCCCAAGUUAAGAGUCGAGUGGCGAAAAACAACAAUACGUUCAAGAUGGUGGAUAUCGAACGUCUUACCCACGAAGCGUUAGAUGCGGUAACCAAAGAGGAUUGGGAAAAGUGUGUAAGACAUGCCGAACAAUUACAAGAGUUAGAUAACCAAAAGGAAAUCCUUAGAGACACCUUAAUGGAACCAAUAAUUUUGACGAUAAUGCCUGAUGAUAGCGAUUUCAGUGAUGAAGAAUCAGAUACAGAGGAAUUGGAAUAA